GCCACCCCCCGGCGGGUCUGGUGCCUGGUCCUGCUGGCCCUGGCCGGGGGGGGGACGGCAGGACCCCCCUGCCCCAUGGACACCGGCAACCAGACGGGGCUGUGCAAGGGGCAGGGCCUGGUGGCCGUCCCCGUUGGCCUCCCCCGUGGCCUCCAUGGCCUGGACCUCUCCUACAACAAGCUCCAGGAGAUCACGGGGGGCGAUUUCGCCGGCAUGACCCAGCUCCGGCGCUUGGAUUUGGGCUACAACAACAUCUCCCGCAUCGCGCCGGACGCCUUCGUCUCCAACCUCCUCCUGGAGCACCUCCGGCUCUUCAACAACUCCCUCCGGCGCAUCCCGGCCCCGGCGUUGGGGCCUUUGGUCAACCUGCGUUGGUUGGACAUGUCCAACAACCUCUACCCCAGCGCGGCCUUGGAUGGGGUCUUCAGGGGGCUGCGGCGGCUGCGGGAGCUGUCGUUGGGGGGUCCCCUGCUGAGGGACAUCUCCCGGGAGGACUUCGCCGCCUUGAAGGACACGGCGCUGGAGAAGUUCGCCAUCAAGUCGGCCUCCAGCCUGCGGAGUUACGAGGCCGGGGCUUUCUCCUGGUUGAACACCACGGAGCUGUGGUGCGACGUGGCCUUGGACGAGAACGCCACGGCUCUGCCGGUGAUGCUGAGGGACCUGAGGGACAAACCCCUCGACACCUUGCGCUUCCGUAACCUCUUCGAGUUCACCUACUACAUGGGCCGCGCCGACCCCUUCGCCGGUUUGGCCCAGUUGAGGGUCACCAAGUUGGUCUUCUACCGGGGCAAGUUCAACGAGAACCUCCUCCGCUUUGCCUUGCUCAACGUCCAACGCUCCCGCAUCCGGGUCUUGGAGCUGAUGGCCAUCGACUUUGCCCGCUCGCCCCGGUGGAACAGCUCGGGCGUGGGGAUGGUGGCCCCGCAGCUCGACCGCCUCCUGCUGCAGGACAUCAGCAACCCCGACAUCUUGCGUUUCGACUGGACCUUCACCUGGUUGAGCGGCGUGGCCGCCCUCUCCAUCAUCAACGUCAACUUCAACUACGUCCCCUGCGACGUCUGGGGGGAGCUGCGGAACGUGAAGUUCUUGAACAUCUCCAGCAACCGCCUGGCAGACGGUUAUAUCUACAACCAACGGUGCCACUACCAGGGCGUCAUGCCCAAGCUGGAGACCUUCAUCUUGGCCACCAACCAGCUCCUGAGCCUGGCCGUGGUGGCUGCCUUGACGCGGACCUGGCCCCGGCUCGCCCACCUCGACGCCAGCCACAACGCCUUGGGCAGCCGGCGGGAGACGUGCCAAUGGAGUCCCACCUUGCAGCGGUUGGUCCUCCACCACAACCAGGUGACGGCGGGCACCUUUGGGUGCUUGCCCACCACCUUGGAGUACCUGGACCUCUCCUACUCCCAGCUGGACCGCUUGGACAUGGACUAUUUCACCCGUAGCCCCCGGCUGCGGGAGCUGAGGUUGACCGGCAACAAGAUCAAGUUCAUCCCUUCCGAGUGGAGAUGCCCCCACUUGGAGGUGCUGGCCAUCGACGGCAACUCCUUCGGCGUCAUCAACCGCGGCUCCUUCGUCAACAUGCCGCGGCUCGUUAGCCUGGAGGCUGGCAACAACCCCUACCACUGCACCUGCGACCUCUACCUCUUCUUGGAGGAGACGCGGCGACGGGGACAACCCACCUUGGCCGACUGGCCCCAGAGCUGGAUCUGCUACCACCCCGAGCCGCUGCUGGACACGGCCGUGGCCGCCUACACCCCGCUCCCCUUGGAAUGCAACGUGCCGGCGCUGGUGGCCGUGGCGGUGGCCAGCACGGCGGUGGUGGUGGUGGCCUGCACCGUGCUCUGCUGGAAGCUGGACGCCUGUUGGUACCUCCGGGCCACCUACCAGUUGGUGAGGGCCAAGUAUGGUGGGCGGCGAGCGGGCACCACGCGGCAGUGUUCCUACCACGCCUUCAUCUCCUACAGCUGCGCCGACGCCGCUUGGGUCCGCCAGGAGCUCCUGCAGAGGUUGGAGGACACCAGGCCACCCUACAGGCUCUGCAUCCACGAGAGGGACUUCACCCCGGGCCGGUGGAUCAUCGAUAACAUCGUGGAGAACAUCGAGAGGAGCUCCAAGGUCAUCUUCGUCCUCUCCCGCAGCUUCGUCGACAGCGAGUGGUGCAACUACGAGCUCUACUUCGCCCACCAACGCGCCGUUGGGUUGGGCAGCGAGGACGUCAUCUUGGUGGUGAAGGAACCCAUCGACGCUCGGGGUUUGCCCCGACGUUUCGCCCGCCUCCGGAAGAUGUUGGGCAGCAAGACCUACCUGGAGUGGCCCCACGAACCCUCGAGACGACCCUUCUUCUGGCUCCAGCUCCAAAGCCUUUUGGGGAGCCCCGGGGCGCUCGGUCCCACCACUGGCGAGGAGGAGACGGCCGUGGAUGCCACCACGUAGCGGUGGCCUCUGGUGGGCUGGGAGGUGGGGAUGGUGGCCAG